GUCUUGCCAAUUUUGCCGCCGAAUCGCUGAUAAAGACGUGUGGCCGUUGGGAAACGUCUUUGCUGUUCAUGGAAGAAAAUGCGUUUCUUUCCCAUUGCUGGUAAUACAAUGCCACAAUGUCAUCCUCUUCUCGCUCAAAACAUCGCUCAAAGCGAUCAUCCUCAUCACAAUCUUCGUCCUACUAUCCAACCCAAUGGAGUAAUUGGGAAUGGGAUGUCGAACGGAGUGAUUGGAAGCGUUAUCGCUUGAAAGCCCCCGGCGAAUAUGAGUUCGAAUAUGAAAAGACAGCCACGGCGGCUGACCCUGCAGAGCCCAGGACACCCCAGGCUUCAUUAGAUCCCAUUCAGGAAGGGUCGUAUUCAGCUUCAGCGAAUUAUGCCCUCUCCACCGGAGCAUCCGCAGAAGCAAUCACUCGAGGAUUGGCAAGAACAACAUUGGAUGCAAGCGUUACCGUUACCUCAGUUCCUCUGAGAAACCCGACUCCAGUGGGUGGGAGUGAUUUGACUCACAUCACAACAAUCAAUCCCCAUACGGACAAAGAAGAAUUCGAUCCUAAUUACAAGGUCCAUAAAACAUUUGAAUUCAAACAAGGACGGGUAUUCAAAGUCCUCUGGUCCGAACCUCAGGGCACCGGAGGUCAAGGUCGAGGAGAUGGUAGUAGCAAUCCUAAGGAAACCUACACAGAAGGAGUCAACAAAUUUGGCGAACCUUCUUUCCAAAAAGUACGACGUUUUGUCAUCAUCAGACCACUUGCUGGCCAUUGCAUUUGUUUACCCAUCAACACGUACUCAAGGCAAGGAGUCACCAAAAAUGGAGUCCAUGCUGGAGACCAUACUAUUGCAUACAGCGGCGGCAAGCCAGUCUACUUCAAAGGCGAAAAGGCUAAAGGUCUCACAAAGAAGCCGCUCAAAAUCGUGGCGAAGAAUCCUCGUCACAAGCUUGCCGAUACUUCUCGUCUCAAUUACGCCAAAACCUACACGGUGGAGUACAACGUGAAGGUGUGGUUCAUCGGGAACGUACACAAAGAUUCAAUGUGGCACCUGAUCACAGAUUUCAACCAAGUCCAUCCUCCUUUAGGAACUCAAGGUCUUUCAGAACCUUCUCCUUACCAAGAUGGAGAGACAUCGUAUGCUGAUGGGGGCAUGGAAGAACAACCAACCACUUACGUUGCACCUAUUCCGACAUAUGGAGCCGGCAAAUCAACAUGGGCAACAUCAUCACAUGUGAACGACCCGCAAACUUGGCCCCAACAGCAGCAGUCGUCCACAUACUACUCUGGAUCACAUGACCAACCUCAAUCCUCAUACUCUAGCUAUACAGCCGCAGGAACAUACCCCACAAGCCAACCAGCCUCUUCAUACAACGAAAGUCGGCCAUCCAGAUCAAGAGGAAAGGGCAAAAAUGUCCAAAGAGACGAUGUACCGGCAGAAGACAUUAUUGAGGGUGAAGAGCGAGAGGAUGCCUAUCUCCAGCCAAGCACAGACGCAGCCCCCAAAUCAUAUCCCUCAAGUCGCUCUGCAUCUGCCCACAGUGAGAGAUGCCCAUCAGUCUUGGUAGGGAGAAGAAAAGGCGGCGUCGAGACAGAUGGUAUACCUCAAGAUGAUAUCUAUGAGGACUCUGAAGAGGAAGAACCUGUCUAUGGGAAGGCUCCUUACGAAGAUGCUGCCGAUCCAGCUUAUCCUUCUCAAUAUGAUGAGUACGGUCAAGCCGGACAUCAGGAUGACAGUUAUGCAUCACACGAGUACGGACCUGCUGCUCAGAGCGAGGUUGUUGAGGAUACUCUGCAAGAGCCGGAUCAGCAUCACGAUACUACUGAGUACCAAGCACAGGCAGCGUACGAAUAUCCAGCAGAGACGGAAGAAUAUACUCAACCUGCACACCACGACGAGUAUCAGGAGCAUCACGAAGAGGCUCAUUACGCUGAGCAUGGCGAGGUGGAAUGAGAAAAUGGGAGUUUUCUUUACAAAAUUGCAUUUCGAUGAU